AUGCACGGACCAGCUCAUUCGGAUGAUUAUGGAUUUGUUAUCUCAUUGACACUCUUACUGCUCACAGUUUCACCUUACAUUAUCACCAUAGCAGAUACUUAUAUGUGCUUGGGGCUUUGUAUUAUUUCCUUGUCAAAUCAACGCCAGUAUCUGGCCUCUCUCCAUCAGCAACUUGAAGCAUCUUGUGCUGCAGAAGCAGCACAUGAGGACCUACAUCAACCAGAAGUUGAAGGUCUUCAACCUGAUGCGCAUAGCGACUCAUCUGAAGAUGAGCCACCUCAGGAUGGUUUAGGGGGUGGGAUAGACUACAACUAUCACGAUGGUGUGGACAAUGUAACUGGAGAGCCACAACCUGAGAAUGCAAACACGGACAUGCCUGCCCAACCAUUUCCUGAGUUGGACAACAUCUUUGAUGGGUGGGAUGAACACCUACCUGACCUCGGUCCACUAGAUGAAUUCAGCACAGACUCUGAUGAAGAAAUCUUCGAACAUCUUGGGCGGCUCAAUGUGGAGGAUUCCGAGGACUCCUCAAGUGAUGAAGAACCUCUCAUCCCUGAGGGGGAAGAUAUCAAUCUUGAUGACUGCCGACAUUCACACAAACCCCUGCCCUGCAUGGAUGACCAUCCUGCAGUCCGUAAUGCUUAUAUUCAGGCCUUUAUUUCAGCAGCCUUCUAUGAUGCUACCCACGCAGCUGUGUACCAUGACCUCAAAGGCAAGGAACACCUCCUCCACACAGCUCAACAAGCAAACCCAGAUAUUGAAUAUCCAGGCCUGGAUGAAUUUGCUCGCACCCUGCCUACCCUCCUCAAGUGCCUUGGUCUGUCUACUGACCAGUUUAUCAUAUAUUUCUUUAGCAACCCAGAGGCUGACAUCGAGAUUGACAUUGAUGACGAUUGA